AUGCAGCCACCGAGGCGUGCCUUGGGCCGGCUUCACGACAAGAAGUGCGAUGUCUGGGCGGCAGGGCAAAAGGCAUUGGUGCCGGCGUGGUCACGCGCCGACGCAGAGGUGGAGGGGCACGAUGCCCACAACGACAGCGAGAUUAGCAGCGAGUAUCAGCAUCGCCAUAACGGCGGCGCGCUUGGUGGUGGUGUAGUUGGCAGAAGUACCAAGCCGGUCAUUUCCGAAUCGAGUAUUGAGCUGGGUCCGCCGCCGGACGGAGUCUGGGUCGCCUGGACGCAGUGUCUUAUCGGCCACCUCGUCAUCUUCACCACAAUAAUCAGUCUCUCUCAACCUGCUGAUUACCCCCAGCGGUGUGGGAAUCGUCGGCCACAUCGUUCCCAACUUUACUGCCGAUUGCAUCGGUGCAGUCAACGUCUUCAUGCCGACCUCCAUCAUCGUCUCUGUGCUCGUGUACUGCUUCAUCGCCAUCUAAAGACCUGUGGCCUCUAUACCUGCGUCAUAUUGGUCGGCGUCGUUGGCGCUGGCAUCCAGAGCCUCUUCCUAGCCGUCCAGUCUUUCCUCACAACUAACCUGCGCAAGCUUGGUGUUAGUAUGGGCAUGGCUUUCGCCAUUGUGGGGUUUGCCAUGCUCACGGGACCGCCUAUUGCAGGUACUAUUCUUGCAAGCCCUGCUCGGUACACUAGCGCAAAGGUAUUUGCUGCCAGUCCCAUUGCUGCUGUAUACGGUUUCUCGAUUGCGGGCAAGGCGGCUAGGAUACCCAGCAAGGGUUUUAACUGGAUUAGUAGAAUAUAA